GGCAAGAUGUCCCCCAGCAACACCUCCACUUUCCACCCAGACACCUUUUUUCUUACAGGUAUCCCGGGACUUGAGGAUUCCCAUGGCUGGAUCUCCCUGCCUUUUUGUUCCAUUUACUUAAUGGCUCUGCUGGGCAAUAUUACAAUUUUGCUGAUUCUCUGGUCAGAUCAUUCUCUUCGAGAGCCCAUGUUUUACUUCCUGGCCAUCUUAUCAGCCAUAGACCUGGCCCUGUCCACAUCCUCAGUGCCCCGGAUGCUGGGUAUCUUCUGGUUCAACGCGCAUGAAAUUGGUUUCGGAGCCUGUGUGACCCAGAUGUUUCUCAUACACACCUUCACAGGCAUGGAGUCUGCUGUUCUGCUGGCAAUGGCUUUUGACCGCUAUGUGGCUAUCUGUGCCCCGCUCCACUAUACGACCGUCUUGACACCCCGUGUGCUAGCAGGCAUCGGAGUGGGUAUAGUAAUGCGUCCAGUCCUGCUCAUGCUUCCCAUUCUCUACCUCACCUACCGCCUGCCCUUCUGUGAGGCUCGAGUUAUCGCCCAUUCUUACUGUGAGCACAUGGGCAUUGUGAAGCUGGCCUGCGCUAGCAUUAAAAUCAAUGCUAUUUAUGGACUCUUUGUGGCUUCCUUUCUUAUUCUGGAUGUGGCCUUAGUUGGAAUCUCUUAUGCAUACAUCCUCCGGGCCGUCUUCCGCCUCCCAUCUAGAGACGCUCGUCACAAAGCCCUGAAUACAUGUGGUUCACAUGUUGGCGUCAUGUGUGUUUUCUAUACACCCUCUCUCUUCUCCUUCCUCACUCACCGAUUUGGGAAAACAAUCCCUCGUUAUGUGCAUAUCCUUGUCGCCAAUCUCUAUGUGGUCAUCCCACCGGCCCUCAAUCCCAUUAUCUAUGGUGUGAGGACAAAGCAGAUUCGUGAGUGUGUGAUCCGAGCUUUCACAGCAAAGUAG